AUGCGGCAGUCUGAAACCACGUACUCGCGCGCGCAGACUGCCGUUGCGCUCAACUGCACGCUGCUGGUGAAUGGCUUGAAGAAGAUCGUGGACCACGAGUUCGGUGCUGGCGCCAGCGAUCGCAUUGAUAGGGUGGUGCAGAUGUACGAGCGAGUGGGCCGCAACGCGAUCUUCGAGGACGAGGGGCCCGGUGGCAGACGGUACGCCCCUGGUUACAUCUCCGGGCUGGAGCCGGCACUGCCGUUCCACGACACUGGGGCGCAUCCUUGGUGCGCGCACCUGGAGAGGCACUGGAAGGCCAUCUGGCAGGAGCUGCAGAGCUGCAACGAGGACGAGUCCCUCUGGACGCCGGGGGCGUACCAGGCCUCCAACGAGGCAUACGAGGACUGGAAGAUCAUGGGCGUCUUCACCGCCGACCAGUGGCAGGACGAGCGGCGGUUCGCCGUCACCACCCGCGUGCUGAAGCAGCUCGAAGGCAAGCAGGCGGACGAGAUGGCAAGACCGGGGAUCGUGCUCGACCCCCUGGUGAGGGAGGGCGGGAACUAA